AUGCAGCUCGUUUUGGCCACCUGCUUUUUGCUGUUCGCAGCUACCCUCGGUCCCGCUGCUGCUCAAAGGAUAACAACUAUACAGCUGGAUGGCGUACAGUACUUUAUCUCAAGGAUGAACCCAUACAGCCCGGAACUCAACUAUUUCCUCGCUUAUCAAUACUGCAGAUCAUUAGGCUUGCAGCUUGCAUCUUUUGAAACAAAGGAAAAGGCUGACUCCAUAACAACAUACCUGACGAAUGCUGGGUACAAUAAAUACGACUUUUGGACAUCAGGCAACAAUUUAGGUACGGAUAUGUAUCUAUGGAUGAGCACAGGACUGCCGUUUAACGCGACUUUCAACUACAUGCGACGGUUGCCAAUGGACGCGCCCAGCCAGCACACGGACGACAGCAUUGACCCCCUCGAUGUACCACAGGGCAGCACCGCGCCCCAACGCACCGCUAGACACGGUCGGUAUUCCAGAACGGAGCACGUGAUGACGAACGGCUGCGUGUCCCUAAAGGCGCCUACUUUCCACUGGGAACCACAGCACUGCGGCGAGAUCAAGGACUUCAUCUGCGAACAGACGCGCUGCUACUACUACAACUACGGCUCCAUCCCCGUGUCUUCCGCGCAGGGGAAGCCGCUGUCGAUGACGACGACGACGACCGCCCACCCUCUGACGUCGUCGUCGCCGCCGCCGCCGCGCUCCGAACACCUGCCGACACACUUCACCCUCAACGACCUCAUCGGCAAACUGCGACCCACCUCUCUCGACGGCCUGCAGUCGCCGCACAUUAAGAAGCUUGGCAUUCUGCCGUCGUCUCCUCAGAUUGAUUCUCACUACUCGCGUGCGUCCGACGCACAUGCACUUGACCACGAUCAUGAUCAGGAACAGAAGGAGGACGUAACGCAGGGCCCGUACGACGACGACGAGGGCAUGGCUGGUGACGACCCGGCCGCGUAUCUGAGCCACGAGGCGCACGCGCCGGUCGACGACGCUCCGUCCACCGCCGAGCCGGACGCGACCGAGCACUCCGUCCACGCCAGCGGCAUGCUGGCACCCCCCGCCUACUAG